UAGAGCAGUGCCGGUUCACGCGCGUACUUUUCUUGUUUGCUCGAUUUUUCUUGGUGAUAGAAUGACAGCUAGAUAACGAUCUGCACGUGAAGUUGAACUGGCGAUCGAUGAACAGCGCUUGCGACGUCGCCGGGAACUCUAUUAAAAUAAGGUUUUAACUUGUGCUGCACAAAAUGUUUUCAUUUUUUUAACUGUUUGCGAAACUCAAACUUCUAGGGUGCUUUGUGCGCGACGGUCGACGGAAAGAACACGUGAUUUACAUGUCAGAUUCCAUUUGUCUGAACGUGUGUGGUACAUCUUGUGGAUCAUUGUGUACUAAUAAAAGGCAUCCGUUGGUCAACACUCAGUUGACAGUCAGUCAAAAGUCAACUAAUUUUCGCAGACACGACAUUGAAUUUCGAUCGAUACGUAUGAGUCGGUCGACACUCAACCAACUGUUGAUCGAGAGUCGAUCAAGUGUCCAUCAAGAUGCCGAUCGAGUUCUGGUCUAGCGUCGACCGGUUAUUGAGCGGGAUAUCGAUACUCGGUCGUUAUUGGUCAUUUAUUUUUCGACAAAGAUUUGGCAAUGCUGCGGCUGUCGGCUCCUGUAUCAUUUCAAGCAUAUUAAUUUUUAGAAGCUCUAUGUUUUGUCCUUAUGCAGGCUCUUAUGUAACUUUAUUGUCAUCUUCCACACCUUGCGAUUUUUCAUUUUAAGACUUCUUUUUUGCUGUGCUUUGUGCUUUGAUCUGUUUGCAAUUUUCUUUACAAGUCUGAGAUCUGGUUUUUAAUCAAGCUGUUGUGCCUGCCAAUCAUUUAGCCAGUGAGAGUACAGAAAUGAUAUUAUUUGUUGCUUGUAUGUUAUUAUCAUGACAAAUUUGUGCAGCAUUUGCUGUGUUGUAUUUCAGAGGAUCUAUUUGGUGUGAAAAGCUGAGCUGUUUUAUUUGAUCAUGUUCUAAUCUUUAAUCCUCAGGUUGACAAAAUGAUAGCUGUACAAUUGAAAAGCUGUGGACAAAAGAAUCUAGCUGACAGUGGAAAGCGUACUUGGGAUGAUGAAAUCCGCAGGAGGCUGAACGAAGAAUAUGAUGAUUGGAAAGAUCCAAAAAGAACGUACAUGGUUCCACCUUCCUUUAAGGGCAUGAGUAAUGAUGCAGAUGUAGGGAGAAAAGCUGAGGAAAAGUUUUACAAUCUUCUACAUGAACAAGGACAGAAUAACAAUGAGUCCAUGUUUGUUGUUCACUCUGUUGACUUCAGUGAGCAUGUACCAGACAGUGGGAGGGAAAGGUCAUGGGUCAUGGGAGAGUCUGACUUUGUUGUGAUCCAUCGAAGGCAUGGCCCAAUCUUUUUCCAAGUGAAAGCAACAGACACAGGUAAAAAUUACAAAGAAGCUGAAAAGCAGAUUCGCAAGGACAAACUUUCUUUGGAAAAUCUUUUAAAAAAGAUGGAGAAGGGAAACAUUUCUUCAAAAAAAGUAACAGAGGAAUUUAAGAACUGUCCAGGAUUUGUUGUGAUGCCCAAUUGUCCUCGGGGACAGCUGUCAGUUUGCACACGAGAUAACGUCCUUUGUCAGGAGGAUUGUUCUAGCUCGCAGGCGUUUUCCAGUUGGUGGAAUAAGCAUAUUGGACGUGCACGACAUCCACCACAUGAUCAGACAGUCUUUGAGCACUUGGUUAUGAGGUUUGUAGGUUGGGCUCACACUGGCCCUUGUCUCAGCUAUUCCAUUGAUAAAAGCCAUGGCAUGCUUGUGUUCAAAACUAGAGAACAGUUGAAGGUAUUGCUAAAUUCAACAGCAGAACAAUGGAUAACCGGUCCUGCUGGUAGCGGGAAGACGUGGCUACUUAUGGAGAAAGUCGAGAGGCUAGCAGAAAAAGCCCUUAUCCGUGAAACAGGAGAGAAGAUACUUGUUGUGUGUUACAACAAACCCCUUUCGAAGAUGUUUUCAACAACAUUCAAACAACACUUGAAUGACUUGUUGCAAAAUUGCAGUGAAGAUUUGAGUUCAGUAGUCAAGGUGGUGACUUUUGAUGAGCUCCUCUAUGAGAUAACUAAGAUGAAGUCUGGUGAAUCUGAUCAGGAAAAAAGGGAACAUGUUGCCAGAGCUGUGAAACUGUUGGAGAAAAGAACUGAUUCCAUUCAACAGUAUGACCAUAUAUUUGUUGAUGAAUGUCAGGAUCUGUGUGGUGACACAUGGCCAGUUCUUUUUGAGAAGUUACAGAAAGAUGCUGAUGACCUGUCUGACGACAGUGAUGAUGAAGCUGAAUGCAAACACAUCUGGUUCUUUGCUCCUGGGUAA